AGUGCGCGUUCCCUACACCGGAAGUGACAGUCAAAUCGUUGGCGUUCAUGAGCACGGCAGGAGUGAACCGGCAAAGACGAUACCGGGGGAAGCAGAGCUGCCGGAGAACGGCGAAAGAACAUUCAUUCCUCGGAAUGAAACAUAUUGAUGUUCGUUUGUCAUAGUUGUGCUACUAUUCACCUGACGUUUCUCAUUCCGCACACUUGAUAUCAAGAGCCUGAUGUACAAGUGUUGAAGAGCCCUCUCGAUAUACGAGGAAGAGCGUCCUUUGUGACUAUCAGCUCCAUUUCCUGGGGAAGAAAAAGUCCGGUGUGUGAGAAGAGUGUGUGACCCGAGUUUGUGAGGAGCUCUCCCUAUGUGUGUCACAAUGGGGGACAUCAGUGACCUGGACCGACAGAUAGAGCAGCUCAGACGCUGUGAGCUCAUUAAGGAGAAUGAAGUCAAAGCACUGUGUGCCAAAGCCAGAGAAAUUCUGGUUGAGGAAAGCAACGUCCAGAGAGUAGACUCUCCUGUCACAGUAUGUGGUGAUAUACAUGGUCAAUUCUAUGACUUGAAAGAGCUCUUUAGAGUUGGUGGUGAUGUCCCAGAGACAAAUUACCUCUUCAUGGGUGACUUUGUGGACAGAGGCUUCUACAGUGUCGAGACUUUCCUUCUUCUGCUAGCUCUCAAGGUGCGUUAUCCAGACAGGAUAACCUUGAUUCGGGGAAACCACGAGUCUCGGCAAAUUACCCAGGUCUACGGCUUCUAUGACGAGUGCCUCCGCAAGUAUGGCUCAGUUACCGUCUGGAGAUACUGCACUGAGAUAUUUGACUACUUGUCGCUUUCUGCUAUCAUUGAUGGCAAGAUCUUCUGUGUGCAUGGUGGCUUGUCUCCAUCCAUCCAAACUCUGGACCAGAUCCGGACCAUUGACAGAAAACAGGAAGUGCCCCAUGAUGGGCCUAUGUGUGACCUCCUGUGGUCAGACCCUGAAGACACCACUGGGUGGGGUGUGAGUCCCAGAGGUGCUGGCUACUUGUUUGGGAGCGACGUGGUGGCCCAGUUCAAUGCUGCCAAUGACAUCCACAUGAUCUGUCGAGCACACCAGCUGGUCAUGGAGGGCUACAAGUGGCACUUCAAUGAAACGGUGCUAACUGUGUGGUCAGCACCCAACUAUUGCUAUAGAUGUGGCAAUGUGGCAGCCAUCUUGGAACUGGAUGAGCAUCUACAGCGGGAGUUCAUCAUAUUUGAGGCAGCACCGCAAGAGACCAGAGGCAUCCCCUCCAAGAAGCCAGUAGCCGACUAUUUCCUGUGAAGUCUUUGAGCAGACAGCCAUGAUGUGUUGAAAACUCUGGUACCAUUUUUCACCAGCCACCCUCCAUCCUGCUGCUGGACAGUUCUGUCAGUCUGAACUCGGAGCAGUUGGACAGAAAACCUGCCAAACCCUGCGAAGCUCCACAUAGCUUCGGGCUGAAAAGCUGGAAUUUUGCCACACUGCCCAAGCCUGACAGAGCGGUCACUGUGAAAGGGGCAGGGGGCGAGGUGGAUACUGGGCCCAUGACUGUUGUCACUUCUCUUCAGCUAUAUAAGAUGGUCAUUUUCAUUCUCCCCUCGGCCUCCUUCCAUCUCAGUCUGUUCUCUCUCACUCUCUGUAGAUAUGACACUCUUCCUGACUGACCUAACCUCCACUACUCUUGUAGUGUUUUUUUUUUUUCUUGACAAACAUUGUCAUUUAGUUUUAGAAGUAUUUGGAAGGAGUUUUUUUUUUUUUCUCAAAAAUAUGCAUAUGUGGGAAGUUUCACAAGUUUAACCUUUAAGGAAUUCCUUCAGUGCAUAUGUUGUCUUUGUUUUUGAUUUUUGUAUAAUUGUUGCUGCCAUUAUUAAAUGCAAAAUGAUCUGUUCCCCCCCACCCUCAGUUUUUGCUUUCAUGUUUCUGUUUAACUGUCAUGUGUCGUUAUUUAACAUGCCCAGUGCUGCAGCUCAGCACCAUCACAAAUAAAUAGCAGAAAUGUAAAGACUGGCCAACAGGAGUCACAACAUUCUCCAUUGUUUUCUCUCUUAAUUCCUUUUAAUCUACAAUCCUCUGUAGGUCUGUCAUUUUUGAUAUUGUGAGAAUAAAGUUUUUGUAUCAAUACUGA